UUCAAAGUCGAUAUAAUAUAUCGAAUAAAGUUGUUCUAAAAUAAUCGUUUUUAAUUUAGUACUACAAUAAUUCAAAAUAUUAUGAUAUGCUUACCGACAAUCUAAUGCACCACUCUUUUGUAUCGAAAAAGUAAUCCAACACAUAAGCUGUAUCCCGAAUAAUAUAUUUUUACAUUUUAUUGUUAUAAAUAUGAAACAAAACAUAUAAUUUUUGCAUAAAAAACUCAGAGAAUUUGACCAGUUUCUCUAUUUAAUGUAAAAUUCUUCUCUGAAAAAUAAUAUUUCAAAAGAGAAAGAGAGUUCAAUUCAGUUCAAAAUCACAUUUGUACCGAUUAACUUCUUGGAGAAAAUUUAUUUCAUAUAAGUAAUUAAAUAUAUUUUUGCAAUUCAUCAAUUUAUCUUAUAUUAGAAUUAAUAUUAUGAUCGUAUUUGUUUGUUUGAAUUGAUUAUAUGGAAAUAUAAAAAUGAAUAUUAAAAUAUUCUUAUUGCUGUAUACUAUAUUUUGUGUCAAAGAUUCAAAUGGAUUACAAUAUGAUAAAUGGUAUAAUCGUAGUGGAAUUGUUCAUUUAUUUGAAUGGAAAUGGGAUGAUAUCGCAUUAGAAUGUGAAAGAUUUUUAGCACCAAAAGGAUAUGCAGCAGUUCAGACAUCACCUGUACAUGAAAAUAUCAUAGAAAUUAAUCGUCCUUGGUGGGAACGUUAUCAACCUAUUUCAUAUAAAUUAGUUACAAGAUCUGGUAAUAGUGCACAAUUUUCUAAUAUGGUGCAAAAAUGUAAUAGUGUUGGAGUGAAAAUUUAUGUUGAUUUAGUAAUUAAUCAUAUGGCAGCUGAACCCCCUAAUGGUGUAGUAAUUGGUACUGGUGGUAGCACAGCUAAUCCAGAUAAAAAAUAUUAUCCUGCUGUUCCUUAUUCAUACAAUGAGUUUCAUCCAACUUGUGCGAUAUAUGAUUAUAAUAAUCCGUAUCAAGUAAGAAAUUGCGAAUUAGUUGGUUUAAAGGAUCUUAAUCAAACUAUUGAAAGUGUUCGGAAAAAAAUUGUUGAUACAAUGAAUUAUUUGAUUGAUUUAGGUGUAAGUGGAUUUCGAGUUGAUGCCUCAAAACAUAUGUGGCCAAGUGAUUUAAAAAUUUUAUAUGGACGUUUAAAAAAUUUAAGUAUUGAUCAUGGUUUUCCACCUAAUACCAAACCUUUUAUAUAUCAUGAAGUUAUUGAUAACGGUGGAGAAGCAAUAUCAAAAUAUGAAUACAAUAGUAUGGGUGCCGUAACAGAAUUUCGAUUUUCAUCAGAAAUAGGACGUGCUUUUAAAGGCGGAAAUUAUUUAAAAUGGUUAAUUAGUUUUGGACCUGAAUGGGGUUUUCUACAAUCACAAGAUGCAAUCGUAUUUAUUGAUAAUCAUGAUAAUCAACGAUCAAAAAAUUGGAAUAUUUUAACAUAUAAAGAAUCAAAACAGUAUAAAAUGGCAAGUGCUUUUAUGUUAGCAUUUCCAUAUGGGAUUCCAAGAAUUAUGAGUUCAUUUGAUUUUCAAAAAUCUGAUGAUGGUCCACCAGCUGAUAUUAAUGAAAAUAUAAUAUCACCAUCAAUUAAUUUAGAUGGUAGUUGCGGUAAUGGAUGGGUUUGUGAGCACCGAUGGCGUCAAAUUUCUAAUAUGAUUGGUUUUAAAAAUAUUGCUAAUGGAAGUGAAAUUAAAAAUUGGUGGGAUAAUGGAAAAAAUCAAAUAGCAUUUUCUCGUGGUAAUUUAGCUUUUAUAGCUUUUAAUGGUGAAGAUAAAAAUUUUGAUGAAAUUUUACAAACAAAUUUACCACCUGGUGAAUAUUGUGAUAUUAUAUCUGGAAUAAAAAUAAAUAAUAGAUGCAAUGGUAAACAAAUAACAGUCGACUCAAAUGGUAAAUCAAGAAUUAGAAUUGCCAGUUUUGAAUAUGAUGGUGUUCUUGCAAUACAUCAAGGAUCAAAAUUAUAGAAAAUGGCAUACUAUUUUUUACCAUCUAUAUUUAUUUAAUAGUUUCAUUCUAUAUACAUAUGUAUAUAUAUAAUUUUGCAUAAAAGAAUUUUUUGUAAAAAAUUUUGAUAUUAGCAUUUAUGCUACAUGAGUACAUUUUAUUGUUGAAUUUUAACUUACAACAAUUAUUAUUCCU